UGAACAAAAAUUUAUUGUAAAAAUAUAAAAUCGAAAAAUAUAGAAUCGAACCGACUGACAGGAAUGAAUUGAAGUUUCUAAACGAUCUUCUUGCACGAUCCUUGACUACCGCUUCGUUGUCAAACAUCAAAAUUUAACCCCAUAAUAAGCACUUCAAAAUUCUCUGUUCAACCGAAACGAACCUUAUAAACUAUCCAUUAAAAACGAUUGAAAAAACAAUUUACAAAAAUUUCAAUUUCGUUUAAGUACAAAUAAACGCUAUGAACACGAAUGGUACUCAAGAAAAUGUACCGAGAUUUGAAAAAUUAGCAAAGCCAAAGGAAAGAAUCGAUCGAACUAGUAACUACAAUGCUUUCAAUGUAAAACCCGAAGCAUUAUCUUAUCAAAUUACAGAUUCCUUAAACAAACUGGCUCAACCGAAACGAAAACAGGUCACAAAUACGCUAAGCGCAUCAUCCAGCUUAAGAAGUUCAUCAAACACAGUGAGAGAACGACAGAAGCUGAUAAAUAGCAACGAACAGUCAAAGGACGCGCUGGAAUCGAAGAAGAAGAAAUUUUUAUUGGACACUUAUGCCCGUAUCGUUGCAGCUAGAAAUAAACGAUGCUCGAAACGUUUACACGAACUCGCGAAACCAAGAAAUCCUUCAAUUCGAAACGAGUCGUACGAAGAUUACGAUAAUUACUUUCAAACAAUUAAAAAAUACAAUGCUAAAUCUGCGGCAUUGAAAAGAAACAUGAACCAGUAAUUGGAAAAAAGUUUAACAUGUAACAAAAAUAUAAUUAAACUAUCAAACUUAUUCGUCUUGUUACACUUAAUUACGAUAAAAU